AUGGCUACCAUGACAGAAGCCGUUUAUCAGGGUCGGAAACCGAUGAAAUCUCGCAACAUCGCCCUCCUAAGCAUCUUUGGGGUCGUUAGCGGUACAUUGCUGAUGUUCCGCCUCCUAGCUCCCCAGCCAGGCACGCUCAAUACGAACGAAGAGAUAGCGGCGUUCCGGGGUGGCGAUUCUGAUCAAACAGACCAAGGCGAGAUAUAUGGACACACUGCCCGCCCGCCUCGAAAGGGAAAGGGAUAUCAAGUGCCCAGAGGAGGAAGCGUUUGA